AUGCAAGUUGUACAUUUGCAAGGGAAACUUGCUCGAAGUCCAGUUAGUGCAGUUCUUUAUCUGGUGCGUAAUGGCGGAUUCGGGUUUGUAGUGAGAGUUGCAGUUAGUGUUAUAUGCGAUGAGCUUUUUGAAGAAGCAGACGAGUUACUAUCAAAAAUAAAGAGGAAAGAACGAAGGUCAUGUUGGGAAAGAAGUUGGGUAUCAAGAAGAUCGCAAUUAGGAGGAUCAAGACUAUUAGAUGAAUUGGCGAGAGAAGACAAGGAUAUCUAUAGAAACGUCCUCCAUAUUUCAAGAAGUAAAUCUGACGAUUUGUUAGACCGUGUGAAAGAGUGCAUACAGAAAAAAGAUACAAAAAUGAGGGUAGCCAUACCAUCAAACAUUAAAUUAGAAAUUACGUUAAGACAUUUAUUAUAUAAUAUAAUCAUGGUGAGACAAAAGUGUUUUUUGUGUAAGGUUGAGGCUGGAAAAGUAGGCAGUGAAGGGAUAUCUUUUCACAGUACAUCAUCGUCAAGUAUUGAUAUUUCCCCAAAAUAUGUUUCUGUGAUGCCAAAAGGUAUUGCAAGCUCCCUAGAUGUGACUGGCAGCUCCAUAAGCUCUUCAUCCAGAAUUAAUACUGAUGAGAGGUAUGUUUCAUGA